GCUCUCCUCUCCUACAACUUGAACCUCAAUCCGCGGCAUUAACAUCCAGCAUCACAGAGAGACACCUUCCGCGGAAGCAGUGUUCGAUGGCUGCCACCAAAUCAAGGAAACGUCGAGGCGCUGGGAAGACGGCGGACUCGAGGACCGCCUCACCAGCGACAACAUCCGCCUCGAACCCGAAGCAGCGCUACGAGCUUCGCUCAGCAACACGUCUGGCUGUACGAGCACCUACAGGCUUUCUCGAUAUUCCCGCCGAAUUGCGCAGUCAUGUCUAUGACAUGUGUCUCGAAACCUACCCGAGCAUCAAGCUACACGCCAACCAACGAGUCACAUCAGACUGUCCUCUAGUCCGAGUCAACAAACAGCUCCGCGACGAGUUCAUGAGCAGAGCGGCCCACCGAGCCCCCAUUGUUGAAACGCUGAUCAAAGUAUUCAACUUCGCCCACGUUAUCAAAUUCCUCAAUCGCCUCAACGACAAAGCUAUCCAAGCGUUCGAGUGUCCCCAGAAUGGCCCGAGCUCGAGAAGCUAUGUCAUCCGCCUUCAGGUUAGCACAAAGAACGAUGAGGGAUUCGAGAUUGAGGCCGAUACGGACGAGCUGCGUCGCUGGUUGAAGCGAUUCGAGAAAGUCAGCAAGAAGGGCUCCAAGAUCGACUUUACGUACGUCAAAUUGAUUGACGAGUGGGUGAACUUUGGGGCACGGAAGCAGUUGUUCAUCAGAAUGGGGUUGCGAAGCGUCUGGGCAUGGGCAGGAAGAUGGCAGGGGCUGGCUCCUCCACUGGCGGGUCCGAUGGUGCGCGAGGGAGGGAAGAUAUACGAGGCUUUGGACUGAAGAACUGAACUUUCGCUUGGCUGGAAGAUGUUUGUCAAAGAAUCAGCGGGCAAUGGAUGGUGUCACAGUAAAACAGGCAUGGUGCUGAGCAGCAUCGUCCCCGACGAACAUGGCGUAAGUUCAUCGCUUGUGCGCGCGCUCUUGCAUGAGGUUUGGGGGUUUCAAACCGCUAUCGAGGCGACUUUUCUUUUUGCUUUAUCGUCAAUUACAGCGCCGUUGUAAGUACUGAGCUCUCGCCGCGAUGUCAACGUAGAGAACAUAGAUCUGCUCAUCAAUCCAGGUCGGCCGCC